GUGAAAUCCUCCAAUCACCGCCCGACAGACUCUCACGUGACAGGCUGGACUUCAGCUGUGAGGAAGUCUGCUGUGGAGAAUACUUUCACCAAAGCCGAGGAAACCGAGAGUUGGAGGAACUGAAAGGCUGGUUUAAUCUUCACCAUGUCUGGAUUCAAAGACCCGAAUCUACUUGCUCAGACAAUCGGCGCAAACAUCCAGAGUAUCACACAGCAGACAUCUGAAAUCCAGAGAAUAGUGACUCAACUGGGAACAGACAAGGAUACGCCGGAUCUCAGACAGAGACUGCAGCAGAAACAGCGGCAAGUCAACCAGCUGGCUAAAGAAACAGAUAAGUGCAUGAAGGAGUUCACAUCUUUACCGGUGACCACUGAUCAGCAACGCCAAAGAAAGAUACAGAGAGAACGGCUUGUCAACGACUUCUCCAACGCACUGGCCAUAUUCCAGAAGGCCCAGAGAAAGGCAGCAGAGAAAGAAAAAGAAUUUGUGGCCAGAGUUCGAGCCAACUCAAGAGUCUCGGGUGGCUUUGCUGACGACGCAUUUGCAGGAAGUCCUUCACCUUUUGAGAGUGAAAACCAGAGUCAGAAACAGAGUUUUGAGGAUGGCAUCACUGAGGAGGAUUUGCAUCUCAUUCACGAAAGAGAGAGAGCAAUUAAGAACCUGGAGUCGGAUAUCACAGACAUCAAUGAAAUCUUCAAAGAUCUAGCAGUAAUGGUGCACGAGCAGGGAGACAUGAUUGACAGCAUAGAGGCCAACGUAGAAAGCGCUGAGGUGAACGUGCAGUCUGCCACACAGCAGCUGAGCAGGGCUUCUGAAUACCAGCAAAAAUCUCGCAAGAAAAUCUGCAUUCUGAUCGUUGUGCUGGUGGUGGUGGCUGUGAUCGUGGGCCUGAUCAUCUGGGGCUCAGUCAAGAAAUAAAACUCUUCAUUCACCUGGAUCCAAACAGGUGACUACUGACAUGACUUCCAGUGGGAGGAAGAGGAGAAACGCACUAUAUGAGAUUUGCCCCAAAGAUUAAGGGCCUUUUUUCCUAAAACCUAAUCUUGGACUAAAUUACACUGUCAUUAUAAAUUGUCUGUCAUUCUCUGCCAUUUCAAGUCACGAUUUAUGUGUGCCAUUGAAACACCACAAAAAAAAAGUACAAACACAACAGCUUUAUAUGAAGCAGUUUAGGUAUUUUAAGUUUUGAAGCAGAAAAGUCAAAGAUUUCAUGCUCAUUACAUCUAAUAUCUUUAUUGAGGAAGGGCAAUGUAAGGUUCUGUUUCAUGCAUGGAUCUCUAAAUGGAUGAAAGUUUAGAAUAAAUCUUUAAUUAGGUUUGUUCAUAUUUUAAUGGACCAUUUUUUUAUUUAAUAAGUAUUUAAAAUCACAGAUUUAGUACUGCACUCCUGUUGAAGAUACACGUCUGAAUGUAGGAUCAUUAUGAAUUCCACUUUCUCUUUUCUGUGCCAAAAGUCAAAACUUUAUUUGGACCAGUUUUAUAAUUAACUUGAAGGGGGCCUUAAAGAGAUUCAUCAAGAAUGUGACUUUAUAAUUUCACAGAUCUUCCUUGUGUCAAAUAACAGUAACUUUGUGAAUUGAAGUAACAGUUAUGUAUGCUUUGAAUUUUAGGUGUGAACUGGCUAUGCUCUGUUUUGAGUACCUGAAUGUGAGACUGAAUUUCCUCUUAUUGUUAAUUUUAAAUGGAAAAGGACUAUUGGGUUUAUAGAUGUUUUUGCUAGUUCCUCUAGUUCUGUUUUUCAGCUAAUAUUGAAAUUCCAUCUCUAGUUUUAGAUUGCACUCACAGACAAGGUCUUGGAUCUUGUCAGAAUUGACCAACAAGCUCAAGCUGCAGAUAUAACUCUUAUUACAUUAACUUCUCUGUAAACUGGUCCAAAUCAUCCAGUCUUAACGAAACCUGCAUUUAUACUAAAGCCAACCUUUAUACUAAAGGGAAUUACCCCUAGCUAGCUUUUAUGUACAGUUUUCAUUAAGGGUAAACUAAUAAUGCAGUGUCGCUGGAGAGCAUUGCCUAGUGAAGUGAAUUCAUUUUGGCUGUACAAAGCAUGCAAGCUUAUUAUAUACAUGUGAUCUAUAUUAACUUAAUUUUUUAUACUGUUACUCAUCUGUUAUCAAUUAAUGUAGUUUAUGAACAGUCGAACUGCAGCAAAUGAUUCAGGCAUACAUACACUAUGCAACACUACACAUAAUGUAGCAUUUCAGCAGAAAUUUAAAUAAUGACUAACUUUAAUGCCAAAUCUGUCUGAACUUCUCUAACUAAAUUUACAUUGUUUGUUUAAUCGUGUCUAAACACCUGUUUAAUCACACUGUUUAAUUCCUGAAACUGUAAACAAGUAGCUUGUUUAAAAAAGAUGAACUGUUUUGCCAAAGCUUAUGUAAGUGCCAUUUAAAAGAGCAUUUUUACCACAAUAUGCAGAGUUUGUAAUUAUACAACCUAAGUCUUAACAUUUAAAACCACUGGAUGAAGUGAAUAAUGUUGAUUACAGGGACACAUGUCAGGGGCUGGGAUAAACUGUAUUGUAGUAUUGUAAAAAUAAAUUAAAAUAAAAACUGAAUCAAUACUGAA